CCUUCUUUCAGUUUCGCUGGUAGUAUGAGUAGGAGAAAAGGGCAAUCAAGCUAUCAAUGUUGAUUAACACUUGCAUCCGAGAAUUCCCCUCUCCAGAAUUACUUCGAUUUUCUUAUGCUGAAUGCCUAUCUACACUAAUUUCACUUUCAGUGUACAUCAUUGUAGCAUACGAUCCAUGGCUGGCUGUACUUAAGUAAAUGACGAUAACUUUCAGUCUGGUCUGUUUCGCUCUUCCCCCUCAGCCACAUGAGACAACUACUUCUAUACGAGAGCAAAAUUCCUCGAUGGGUAUCAGAAACAUGACAAGUACAGUCUACUUGAACCGUACGUGGUCAGCAGUGGCUGCCAGCAAUUGGACAGGAAUUGAAGCCAUCCCAACAGGAUCAGCCACUAAAGACGACCAUUUUCUCCGUGGCUCAAACAUAGUACAGACUAUUCAAUUUUCCAUAUGACAGAUAGCCUCAGAGGCGCACCGCAAGUUCGGGGACAAAAAGAGAGGAAAGCCGUAUAACAUAGGUCAUAGAA